AUGCGCCGCUCCGCUCGUAAUAAGUCCAAGAGCCGCCUACGAGACAACCCUUCUCCGGCCUCAAAUACAACCGCCUCUAUUGCUGAUUCAUCCCUGAACGUCGUUGGGGCUCUCUUACGGGAUGAGGGCUUCCAAGCUGAGCAUCAUCAACUUGCCGACUCACUCACAACCAGCGCCUCUUAUAAUAGCUUCAACGCCUAUUCACAACCUCAUAGUGGCCAGCCGCAAUAUAGUUCAGCCCUCUUACCCAGCACAGAGGAAUCAUAUAACGUCUCUGAACACACUGCCGAUUCGCCUAUGACAGAUGCGUUCCCCGCCGAAGACGAUACCAUCUCCGCUACCAAGACACCCACUUUCGCGAUAGUGACUGACGGCUCUUCCACUGCAAUCGCCACCGAGUUCUCAAACCAGAACAAUUACGACCAUCUCUCCUCUAAUACUUAUAUCGAUCCUUAUAAUUCUGAGUCUGAACCCCCGGAGUCCGAGUCCGAGUCCGAGUCCGACCCAGAUCAAGAGCAUCAGAACGGCAUUGAUCUUGACUUGGACACUUCCGCCCACCCACCUUUUUUGAACGACUAUUGGACACCUCCCACACAUCUCGACUUAGACUCUGACUACAUAACCCAUUACCAUAACGUGGAUUAUGAUAUUGAUAUGAGCGACAGCGAAGGUGGUGCUCCUCUCGACGACGCAUUCGACGAACUUGAACAACUAACAGACGACCAAUCUAUUCUAUCUGAGGGGGACAAUGAUGAAUCACCCCCUGUCAAUAACCCAACCAACUAUCUCUCGCAAGCCGCCUUCCAUCCGCCCAACAUAGUUGACAACGACUUAAUCAUGAAUGCGGUUCCGCCUCCUGCGCCAUGGGGUGCUGCCUUAAUCGAAGACACGGCUGCGUUGGAGGAUAAUGCGCCUCCUUUGCUAGCAGGGCCACUGGGCCUGCCACUACUUAGCAACCCCAACCCGACUAUGCUUGGGUCUGAAAAUUUGUGCCUGGUUGACUUUUUGAGACACUGGGCAUUCCAAGCUCGUACUUCCUCCUGUCCAUCCGCCUCGCGGGUGAACGCACCCUGUCCAGAAGACAUUCGCCGUCAAGCAAAUACACACAUCCGCGAUGUUCAGUAUAAGGACCUUCACGGCGAUGACUAUGACAUGCAAGGCUUGGAUUGGGCAUCUAUGAACACUACCAGGAAGUAUGCGCGGCAAAUACGAUGUGCCACUUUCAAGAAUUAUGUCAACAAGGAGGGUUCAGACAGAUGGAGCCCUCACAUGGCUGACGUAGUUAUCCCCCCCUCUCAAAGCUUUGUGAGAUUCAAGAGGUUCCUUAUCCGUCAAGAUGUCUACCUAGCUCAUUUUCAGCUACGGAGCGUCCUAGCAUGCCCAUCAAUCUCGGAGGUCUACUAUCCUGGUAGGAAGGGAAUCAACCGAAUCAACCCUGUCACAGGAAAAAUAGAGCUCGUACUUAACAACAGUCAUAUACAUGGUCUGGGAGCUCUCAUCUCUACCCUUGACGCAAACCACGGAGCCAUGUUUGCAGGAACUUUCAAUGGCGAAUACUACCUUAAAAGCCUGGAUUCUGAAGACAAUAAAGACUUUGCAGAAGGUGUCAUUACUCCACAUAUGGGAGGUAUCACCAACCAUGUCCAGAUCUACCAACCCCGGCGAUCUUCUGGUCCUGUUGCUGCCAUUUCGAGUAAUGACGAGGGAUUCCGCCUUCUAGACCUUUCUACACAGCAGUUUUUGAUGCAGAGCAGGUAUCGAUUCCCACUCAACUGUUCGCGUAUCUCACCUGAUGGCCGCUUGAGAGUCAUGGUUGGGGAUGAUUUCAAAGUACUGAUUACCGACGCCGAUACCGGUGAGAUUCAACAGGAACUGUCCGGGCACCGCGACUAUGGUUUUGCCUGUGAUUGGUCCGAUGAUGGUUGGACAGUAGCCACCGGUUUCCAGGACAAGGGCGUCAAGGUCUGGGAUGCUCGCCGUUGGUGUGACUCGAGGGGUGUUAGUACACCGCUGUGCACUAUCAGAUCCGAAAUGGCUGGUGUGAGGAAUCUGCGCUUCUCUCCCGUCGGUAGUGGCCAAAGAGUACUCGUUGCUGCCGAGGAGGCUGACUUUGUCAACAUCAUUAAUGCUCAGACUUUUGCCCAGAAGCAAACAGUCGAUUUCUUCGGCGAGAUCGGCGGCGUUGCAUUUACCAAUGACGGACAUGAUCUCAAUAUCUUGGCGAGCGACCAUCAUCGUGGCGGCCUUCUCCAGCUUGAACGAUGUGGCCGUCCCGCUGAGCCCUAUUUCCGCAAUACCUGGCAACGUUAUCACGAUUCUGAAACCGAUGAAUGGCGCUAUCGAUUCGAUGAGUUUACACACCGUGGUGAAUCCUAUCGUCGAACUCCAGUCUCGACGGACGCCUUACCGAUCUUCUAA